AUGCCAACCACUGUGAACGAAGAAUCCGAGCUUGAAGCGGGGGAUAAAACCCACGCAUCGACUGCAGUGGAGGCAGAUGAAGUUCCUGAGAACCAAACGAAAGAAAGGAAUAUUGGUAAGAAGAUUACUGUUAAUCCUAUGGCUAAAUUUGAUUAUAAUCACAAGGUUGAUAUUCCUGCACAUUUGAAUGAAGAAAAUGAUAGUGUGAUUUUGGAUUUAAAUGAUGGUGAAGUUGUGACUCUGGAAUUGAGUGAUUGGAAUGUUGAUGCGUUGAGUUUAAAUGAUUCGGUUGAUGAUGUUUGUGCGAAACGGAACUGUAAUUCAUCGAAUUUGGAUGUAAUAUCUAUUGUUAUGAGGGAGGUACCACUUAAUGAGAUUGAUUAUGUGCCUUUGAAUGAUGUUUGUGUUGAUAUGAUGAUUCUGGUUAGUAAAGAUAGUGAAAACUUGAGUUUAAGAUUGGAUAAAACUGUAAUGGUGCUUCUUGAAUCAGAAUUGGAAUCUGUUGUUGAUGCUAUGGUUGUUCAUUUCGGUCAGUGUUCAAAAAUGCUUAAUCGUGAGAGUUCAUUGAAUGUGGUCUAUGAUAGAUGGUGGAAGAUAGAGCUGGUGAUCAAGAAAACCUCAAGGGGAGUGGAUGUAUUGCUGAUUACUGCAACGUAUACUCUUUUCUUGAUGAUGGCUGGAAACUACUAUUACUUGAGCAUGCCUUCUAUAGCCUGUAAGAGAACACCUAAAUAUGUUUGGAAUGAUAUGUUGAAAAGAGGCAACUUUCGUGGGAUGUCUGAAAACCAAGAAGUAGUGAAAUUGCUUGAUGAUGUGGGAAGUCUCUUGGCUUUUUGUAUUCCAGCUGCAUUUCUAUCUAAGCUUCUGAAAGCUAAACCCAAUGGAAAUAGUUCAUUCCGUGUUAAUUUUAUCAAAGAGAAUGACUCUGCAUUUCACAUGAACUUUGGAUGGAAAAUUGCUUGGUUUAUCUUUGAAGUUGUAUUAGAUUGGCAUGAUUUGGCUGAACCUGUUGAGGGCUAUGGUCUUGACAUUACUGUUACUGAAAUUGACUUGUUUGGUGGUGAUCUUUAUGUUAUUAUAAGCUCCGUAUUUAAGAAAAUCAUAAAAAAUCUCUAUCCCUGGUCUGAAGUAAUAACUGGUACACAUGGUAAGUUGCUUCACAAGAGCUCAGAUUGGAUCAAGGGAUAUUAUAGCAAUGCUGGUGUGGAAUGUCCCAUUGUUUUGCCAAAAGAGCAGUAUGGUGGCCUAAAUUUAGGUGUUCUGAUCCUUGGCAACAGAGUUAAGCAUCAAUAUCAGUGCUCCUUGGUGGUAAGUGUGUAUGUUCUCCCAGUUGGUGGUGUGUUUAUCCGUCAUGAAGUUCUUUUUGAAGGUUGUUUGUUUGGAAAUUUUCUUUUUGGACUGAGUGAUUAUAAUUCCAUAUGGCAUACUGUGAUACUAUAUGACGAGUUUAUCAGUGUUGAAGAUCAUGUUAAUUGUGGAAGUAGUGAAGACAAGAAGUCUCUUUCCCAAGAUAUUGAGGGUUGUGUGAUUAAGUGGAAUUACUUUAUGAAUUCAAUUGAGGCAGAAAAUGAAACUGUAAAGCAUGAUAUGAUGAAAUUUAUUUUUUGA